AUGAACAAAGUGAAAAGUGAUGCGAAAGAAAGCCGUGAUUCUCCUCAGUAUGUCAUUUCUGCAGCUGCAUCGCAAUUAAGUGAAAGUGCCGCGCAAGCUUUACCACAAAUAAGCUCUAUAAAAAGAACUAUUCACAACGUCAGACAAAAAGAAAGAGCAGGCUUAGCUAAUCCAAUUCAUAGACGGGAAAUUGUUUUAACAACUGACCAAACUAAAACUCAUAAAGGGGAGCAGUUUUUGCUAUAUGAUUCCGGCCAUUACGAUGAUAGAAUGCUUAUAUUUGCAACUCAGAAUAAUUUGAGUCUACUUGAGAAGAGUGCAAAUUUACAAGUGGACGGAACAUUUAAAACUGUACCUCAGUUAUUUGAACAAUUAUGUACUGUACAUCAUGCUGUGAAGAAUAAUUACACCAUUCCUGUGGUUUACGCUUUACUUCCAGAUAAAAGGGCUGAAACUUAUAGAAGAUUAUUUGCUCUAAUUAAGUCUAUGGUUCCAAAUUUACAAGUUUCAACCAUAACUUCAGACUUUGAACUUGCAGCUAUAACUGCCGUUAAAGAAGAAUUCAGCACAGCUUCUCAUUAUGGAUGCCUUUUCCACUUAGGCCAGUGCUUGUAUCGAAAGAUAUGUGAUUGUGGUCUGAAAGUGAGAUACGAUACAGAUUCCGAAUUUACUUUAAAAAUUCGAAUGCUGUUAGCCUAG